UGAAAGUUUUGUAAUAUUUAUUUUGUUUCAGCACAACAAUGUUUUGUUAUUUUUUGUUGCCCGUAAUUCAUUCACUCAUCCACGAGUAGCUGUUUUGAUUCACAGCACUUCUAGUUGGAAUGUUUCCCUCGCGUGCAAAGUGGGCUAGGGUCACAUGAUUUAGCGGGUCACAAGUCUUCACGGAACGAUGGAAACAAGUAGCAGAGAGAGCACAAACACCUCUUACCGGACGGCGGAAAGUGACGAACUCUUCCAAGAUGUCAUACAAGAUAUAACCACAGACGAUGACUUACUGGAGCAAAAGCUAGGCCAAGUAAUGUCAUCUGUUACCGAGAAUACGCCGUUACUCAAAGGGGUCAUUGGCAGCGAUGGCGGUACUAGCAAAGAGGAUCCUAGAUCCAUGACAAUAGUAUUCCCCAGUACAUCAGAUGAUCGAGACGAGGUGUCAAGAUGGAAAAACUUGAGAAACCACUUUAAGACUGCAAAGCCUAUAGUGCUAUUUCUUUUGGCAAUUGUAUUUGCAAUAAUGUUUGCUAUCAAUAAAGAGGUUUAUAAUGAUACUAAACUGAUGUGCAUUUCAAAAUUUAUAUCUGAAGAUCUGCCUGUACAAUCUGAUGGAACUGGUUUGGUGACAGUUACACUGUCUGGGCCUUUCCCAGCAGAUGAUGAAGAGAUAACAUCUCCUGACUUCAUAGUUGUGGGAAUCAAAAACAAGAAUGGAACAAUUAUUGGAAAACAGAUGCAGAACUUGACCAUCAAGGCAUUAGCCAAUCAGGAGUACAAUGUUACCCCUGUCGAGCAGACUAUGAAGUUCCGCCUCGAGGGUGACGGGCCGCAAAUGUUGAGUCUUGACUUCCAGUCGGAUGUCACUCAGUGUGUGGCGAUCUCAUUCGUGUAUUACGUCGAACCUGUCUCACAAGAGAACCAGGUUGUGAUUGCCUUCAUCAUUCUUGUGUUCGUGUACGUGCUGAUCAUCUUUGAGCUUGUACAUCGUGCAACUGCGGCGAUGUUUGGGGCUCUACUCGCGCUCGCUACACUGUCAAUGUUGAACAUGAGACCUUCACUCGAAGUAAUUCUGACCUGGAUUGAAUGGGAUACUCUCAGCUUGUUAUUCGGCAUGAUGAUUCUUGUUGCUGUGUUUUCCAAAACUGGUUUCUUUGAUUUUGUAGCUCUCAAGGCGUACAAGAUAUCUCGAGGCAGAGUUUGGCUUCUUGUCACUAUCCUCUGCUUUGCAACAGCGAUUAUCUCCGCGUUUUUGGACAAUGUCACAACAAUUCUGCUGUUUACACCGAUCACAAUAAAAUUAUGUCAGGUCUUAAAUUUGGACCCCACGUAUGUGCUGAUAGCUGAGGUGAUCUUCUCCAACAUCGGAGGAACUGCUACAGCUAUUGGUGAUCCACCAAACGCCAUCAUUGUCUCCAACAGUCAAAUAAAAAAGGCGGGGAUCGAUUUUGCAGAGUUCACUCUGCACAUCAGCCUUGGUAUCGUCCUGUGUCUUGUUCUUGGUUACGGAUUCUUAAGAUUGUUGUACAUUCCGAUUCGUCUACAAAAUGUCUACUCACCGGUGAUCGCAGAGCUCAAACGAGAAGCUGAGAUCUGGCGGAGGACGGCCGAGAGAGUUCCGCUCUUUUCGGCGGAAGAGAAGACGGUGAAACUUCUUCUGAUGCAGAAAACGCUCAUGCUUGAAAACAAUAUCAGAAAUAUGGAGCGAAAAGCAGUACGAGAGGAAGCCUUCAAAGAAAACCUCCAGGAGCUUGAAAAUAAGUACAAGAUUACGGACUGGCCCUUGCUAUUCAAGAGCGGCUCCAUCAUCUGUGUGGUCAUCUUACUGUUUUUUAUUCAUUCGUUUGCGAGCAUCGACCUCACCAUAGGCUGGAUAGCGAUCAUGGGGGCAAUCGCGCUGGUCUUGCUGGCAGACAUCGAUAGAAUCGAAGACACGAUGGAGAUGGUGGAGUGGACCACUCUCGUGUUUUUUGCUGGACUUUUUAUUCUAAUGAAGGCCUUGAAUUCGCUGGGUCUGAUGGAUUUUCUUAGUAACGCUACGGCGGAAGCUAUUCAGAAAGUUGACGAAGAGUCUCGUCUGACAGUAGCGAUAAUCGCGAUUCUGUGGAUAUCGGCGUUAGCGUCUUCGUUCAUUGAUAACAUUCCGUUUACCACUGCCAUGAUUCCAGUGGUAUUGGAGCUGCAUAAUAAGAAGUCCCUGGAUCUACCGUUGAGGCCGCUUGUUUGGGCGCUCGCCAUGGGCGCCUGCUUGGGUGGUAACGGAACUCUGAUUGGUGCGUCUGCAAACGUGGUGUGCGCCGGUCUGUCUGAGCAGUAUGGAUACCCGCUUACCUUUAACAAGUUUUUCAGGAUUGGUUUCCCAAUGAUGAUUGCCACAACGCUUGUUGCCAUGGGCUACCUGCUGACGUGCCACACUGUUCUAAAAUGGGACAACAAAUAGUACAUCCACCUGUGAUACAAACAAAUGAUUAUUCUUACAUGGGACAACCGAUAGUACAUCCACCUUUGAUACAAACAAAUAAUUAUUCUUUCAUGGGACAACAGAUGGUACAUCCACCUUUCAUCCAAACAAAUGACAAUUCUUACAUGUUAUAUGUAGAUAGAUUUAUAUAGAUAUUUGUAUUUUGCGAAGAUAUUAAUACUAGGAACUUACUAUUAUGGCAAAUAUGAGUCAGAUAUUCAGAUAAUAAGCCCAGGAAUGACUAAAACGUAUGACUGGGCUUAGAUUAGAAGAACACAUUUUCAGAGCUGUAGUUUUACCACCAUACAUGAAAUCACAAUAAAAAAAGAAAUUCCGACGAAA